AUGGGUUCUAAGAGAAAGAGAAACGAAAAGAAAAAAGACUUCCAGAAGACGAAGCUCAAAGUCGGAAAGACUCUCGCAAAACCAGAUAAUUACACCGACACGUCGUUCACGGCCAAGUCGAUCUCGCUCCCGAACCAGACUAUUUCCAAGAAAAGUGGUGGUAAUGGCGAUGUUUCACAUUCCAAGGGCGACGUUGAUAUCACACAUCAACUUCUGCUCAUGAAGCAUCACCUGGCCUCAACCAGAAAGGAAGUGGUCAAUUUUGUCGAGGCUCAUUUACCAUCAAACACCUCCAUGUACAAACAAAUCCUCACAAUGACGAUAUCUCUCGUGACCGAUCCUUCUGCUUCUGUGCGUGAUGCCUUUGUGUCUCUUCUAUCGGCGUGUGCAGACAAGCAGGCGGGAUUCCUUGAGUUGCAUAUGCGUACAAUUGUUCUUUUCGUACACUCAGCAAUGACCCAUAUCAAAAGCGAGGUUCGGGGCUCUUCUACCAAAGUACUAGACGUGCUUGUGAAAAAAGCCCCGAUCCCAUUGGUGAAGGGUCACUUUGUCAAGACGCUCCGCAGCUACUUCCCCCUCAUGGCCUGGACUUUGUCUGGAGAUAAAAAGGCCAUUUCUCUUGCAGUCAAUACCUCGGAUACCCUUGGUGGUAUCAGCAGUAAAGUGCGCACAAACCAUCUUGCUGUUCUCGAACGAUUACUUGAAAGCUCGCUAUUCGAACCUGAAAUCAACGCGAGCUCGUUUUCAAUAGACUGGACCAAAUGUACUGCCGUGCACCCUCAAAGCUCGCGGUUUCUUUUACCUUCUAACCCGCAAGCGUACACGCAACUUAAGCUAUAUGUGGACGAUCUUCCGACAAACCUCGACGUGAAAUCCACAGAAGCGGCAGAGGGCUCUUUUGCGCUCUCGGAUAUCGACAGCGUAUCUACUGAGGACCAAGAAACGAGAAGAAAGAUCACCUACGAUGUAUUCUUGCUUCCUUUGAGAAAGAACCUUGGCAAUGCUGUGAAGGAAGGUGGAGAAUUUGGGAAACAGGCCAACAAGUGUUUAGGUGUUUUAGAGCGAUUUGAGAAGGCUUAUGAGGCAUCCCAGGAGAAGUAA